UUAUAUUGGCAGAAUGAAUUUCUCUGGUGGUCAUGGCAUGGAAGGUGAUUUGUUUGAUAUGCUUUCAAAUGGAGGUGGUAUGGGAGGUUUUAUGGGUGGAAGUGGACUUCUUGGACAAAUGUUUGGAGGUGGUUCAAGACGACGGAAGGGAGAGACAACAGUCCAACCUUUAAAUGUUACUCUUGAAGAUCUCUACAAUGGAAAGACUUCAAAGUUGCAACUCACAAAGAAGGCACUCUGCAAAACUUGUAAUGGUGUUGGUGGAAAACCUGGCUCUGUUAAGCGCUGUGAAUAUUGUCGAGGUAGUGGUCGUGUUUUUGCAACGAGACAGAUUGGGCCUGGAAUGCUUCAGCAGAUUGCAACACAAUGUGACCAUUGCAGUGGUGGAGGCGAGACCAUUGAUGAUGCCAAUCGUUGCAAGACUUGCCAAGGAAGGAAGACUGUCCAAGAGAUGAAAAUUAUUGAGGUCAAAGUCGAGCCUGGAAUGCGCGAGAAUCAGAAAAUUGUUUUCUACGGCGAGGGUGAUCAAGAACCUGGAAUUGAGCCUGGAGAUGUUGUGACUAUUUCUUUGAAACAAGCGCUCUGUGGAUUUGCAUACACAAUUAAACAUCUAAAUGGCAAAGAUAUUUUGGUCAAUACUCUCAGCGAGGAAGUUAUUAAGCCAGAGUCUGUCCGCGUAGCUUACAAUAAAGGAAUGCCAAAGCAGGGUAAACCCGGACAAUUUGGUAAUCUCUACUUUGUUUUUAAUGUCACUUUUCCGCCUACACAUUUUCUUGAGAAUGAACAGCGUUAUAAGGAGCUCGAAGCGUUGCUACCACCUCGACCUCGUAUUCCAAAAUUGUCUGCAACUGCUGAAGUUGAAGAAGUAACGCUUUCUGAGUUCGACUCUCGUCGUUAUGAACGUCACGGUGGCGGCGGGGGAUCUCGUGAGGCAUACCAUGACGAUGAAAGUGAUGAUGAUAUGCCUUCUGGAGCGCAACAUGUUCAGUGCGCACAACAAUGA